AUGAAGCGCACUCCUCCUUCUCUACAAUACGUCGUCGUUUGCUCCACACGCGCCACCGCAAUGUCUACGCGCCCUCACUUUCGAGGCGGACGAAACCAAAGCAAUAGAGGCUACUCGAAUCGUCCGAUUUCCGGCGGCGGUAGAGGUCACUACGUGACCGGAGACUCGCACAUCCGGUCAGUCCAGGAGGCCAAUCUCGGCUUCCGGCAAGGCGACACCGGUCAUCACCGUCCGCCGCCGCAGUUUAGUCAGAACAAUCACUUCCUUCGCGCUCCUCCGCCGUCGAACCAGCCCUACCGGCCUCAUCAGCAAUUCCGGCCGCCUCAGCAAUUCCGGCCACCUCAGCAGCAGCGGCUUCAGAAGCCGUUGGAUUAUCGGAACUGGGAGUAUGCCAAAACCACACUGCCUCCUAAUUCUGAGAAGUUUACAGUGCUUUCGUAUAAUAUACUGGCGGAUUACUUGGCCAAUGACCACCGGGGUAAGCUUUACUAUCACAUUCCGCGACAUAUGUUGGACUGGCAAUGGAGGAAGAAGAAUCUGGUUUUCGAGCUCGGCUUGUGGUCAGCUGACAUAAUGUGCUUUCAGGAGGUUGAUAGAUUUCAGGAGCUUCAGGACGAGUUGAAGCCUCGGGGGUAUAGUGGCGUAUAUAAGAUGCGAACCGGAAACCCUUUAGAUGGCUGUGCGGUUUUUUGGCGAUCAUCAAGGUUCAAGUUGCUUCAUGAGGAAUGCGUUGAGUUCAAUAAGCUUGGUCUUCGGGAUAAUGUUGCUCAGAUAUGUGUGCUGGAGUCUUUGCGUAAAACUUCCAAGGAAAAUAAUGCAGCUCUACCAACAAGCUCACCAGGUUCCCAUAAAGUUGUCAUUUGUAAUAUUCAUGUGCUUUACAAUCCUAGACGAGGAGAAAUUAAGCUUGGCCAGGUCAGGGUGCUCCUGGAUAAGGCUCGGGCUGUUUCAAAAUUCUGGAAUGAUGCUCCCAUUGUUCUUUGUGGGGAUUACAAUUGUACUCCGAAGAGUCCGAUGUAUAACUUUAUUUCAGAACAGAAGUUAGAUCUGGCUGAAGUUGAUAGAGAUAAGGUAUCAGGGCAAGCUUCAGCUGAAAUUGGUCCACCUAGGUCAUUUAAUCCUAGUUACAGGGGUCAGCAAGCUCGUAAUUUUGUUCAAUGUUCACCAAUGGUACAAGGGAAAGAUGCUGCAAUAAAGUUAAAUGAUUUAACCUCAGAUUCACAGAACCAGAAUAAUCCAGAAACCAGUGUGGAUGAUGCUCAGUUGAUGAAAAAUGUGUCUCAUCCUCAUGAAAAGGAUGAUGGUGGCCAUGAUGCUCAAGCAAGCAAGGGAACUAAGCAGAAUAUUGUGGAUUUCUCCAGGGUUGAAACUGGAUCAACUUUCCAUGUUCAGGGUGAUGGAUCUGAGGAAGAUCCAAAUACUCCAUACAGUGAAGGUGACUUGUCUGCAAAUUUGAGUGAUGGGAUUCAUAAAUGUUCUCCUGCAGUAUCUUCCCAUUCUGAAAAGGUUAACUCUGAUGUUACUGAGAUAGGAUACAAAGACAGUGUGGAGUACACCUCUAAUUCAAAAAAUGACUUAAAUGUUGGUAUAGAAAAUGAAAGCAUGAACUAUACUACAAAGGAUAAUGUCACCACUGGGGACGGUUGUAAUCCAGAUUAUGUGGAUCCUUUCAACUCUAAAAUUCCUUUGUCUGAUGCUAUUGAAAGCCCCUCAUUGGGGAACUUUGGACAAUUGCCAUCCAACCACAUUCCUAUUGAUGAGCAUGAUAAUGCUUCACCCCAAUAUACAGUAAAUUUCUCAGGUGCAUCUACUAGUGUUGACCUUGAACUGGAGAAAAGUUUGGAAAUUCUAUCUCUUACUGAGCUUGAUGAAGCCAUACCAGAAAGUCAGAACACAGCUGAAGAUGAUAGUACAUUUUUAUCUGCAUUACACAACACCGGAGAUGGUUUCGCAUCUUUUGCUUCCGAUCCUCCAAAGGAAACGUUGCCUGCAUCACCCGAUAGAAUUGAGGAUGGUUUAUCUUCAGGAUUGGAUUCAGAGACAAUUGGUGUGGAACAAAGUAGUUAUGAUCCAUCACUAUGGACUCCAAUGGAAAUAGAAGUUGCUACAGGCAAUAGGGAGUGCACUCUUUUAGAGCAUCCUUUGAAGCUUAAGAGCACAUAUACUGAAGUUGAGGAUUGUACUGGGACCAGAGACUCGAAUGGAGAGCCCCUGGUGACCAGUUAUAAUAGGUGUUUCUUCGGCACAGUAGAUUACAUCUGGCGGUCUGAAGGUCUGCAGACUGUCAGGGUCCUUGCUCCAAUUCCAAAACAUGCUAUGCAAUGGACUUCAGGGUUCCCAACCCGGAGAUGGGGUAGUGAUCACAUUGCCUUGGCUACUGAGUUGGUGUUCACGAAGUGCUCUGACCAAUCAUAACUCUGAACUCUGCCAGCAGUAUAGUCAAUAGUCUUGACAUUUGAAGAAGAAUGUGCUUGCGGGAGAGCUCCAGGUCACUCACUGUCUCGUAAUACCUUUAGUUUACCUCUGCUGCUUGCAUUAGGCUCUGGGAGAAUCUCAGUCACUUGGUUCUCUUCCAAUAAUUUGAUGGCAGUGUUGAGUCUCUUGCUGCAACCUGGUACAUAUUACAUUUUUGGUGCCAACUCUUGUAUAUGAUUUUGGUCUUCUGAGUAGAUUUCUGAUCUAGAGAUAUUCAUUGACAUGUUCCUGAACACAAGUGUUAUCUGUAUUUACACCACUUAAGUUAACUAUCAGGUUAGUGCAUUUCAUCGAGGUCAUGGUGAUAGCUCUCAAUCGGAGCUACUUGCUACGUUACCAUUCUGUAAGUUUGAUCUGCUCAUCACUCAUUCAGUGUCUGAGCUUGCACGCUUUUAUGAUGCUCAAAAUGCUUUUACUGGUAGCGCUUUUAUC